CCUAUAUGUCAAGUUUUUCCGUCAGCUCAUGAAAAACGUCAACGUAAAAAAUGGAUGAUGAAGAAAAUCAGUUUGUUGCAGAAGACGUAAGUAAACUUGUAAAAGAUACCAUCGAAAAUGUACUUAGCGAAGCAACAUAUAUACCAGAAAAAGUCAACCAGUGGAGUGCUUCAGUGUCGGAACAAUGUCUUUCAGCUCUCAGCAAGACAAAAAAGAUGUUUAAGUACGUUAUAACAUGUUCAAUAAUGCAGAAAACUGGUGCUGGUUUACAUACGGCUAGUUCCUGUUACUGGGAUAGUGCUACAGAUGGAACAUGUACUGUAAGGUGGGAGAAUAAUACCAUGUAUUGUGUAGUAACAGUGUUUGGGCUUGCAAUAUAAAAUCUUUUAAAUCUA